AUGGGCGGGCUCAAGGUGCUAAGAGAUGUUUUGGACUGUGUUGGUUAUACAAAUGUUAGCAUCAUUGCUGCAGACAGCGACUGGUCCAUUGCAGCUGCCAUGCUGGAGAAUCCAUGUCUGAAUGAUGCUGUUGAGGUGAUAGGUGUCCACUACCCAGGCACCCAAACAGUGAAGGAAGCUUUGUUAACAGAGAAGAAGCUCUGGUCCUCUGAAGAUUACAGCACCUUCAAUGAUGAUAUUGGUGCCGGAUGCUGGGCUCGUAUAUUAAAACCAGAACUACGUGAACGGCAGAAUGACCUCACACACAAUCACUCUCAGUGCAUUCGACCUCCUCUACCGCACUUUGACGUCUCCCCUCAGAAUGCCACAUUUCAGCUCAUAGGUUAUUUUGCACAUCUCACUGACCUUCAAGUGUGGUAUUCAAAAUUGGAUUUUGAGACCAAAAAAGAUACACUGUUUCAGCGGAGCAGUCCUGUUAAUGUCUAUAAUGGUUCCUUCACCUUAAAACUAGAUGUUGAUGAGGUUUACACAAUCACAACAGUCAAAACUGGACAAAGAGGCUCCUACCCGGAGCCCCCCAAAUCCCGCCGAUUUCCAAAGAAUUACUCUGAUGACUUCACUGUCGAUAACCCUCCAUUCUCGGAGGCCCCGUAUUUUGCUGAUCAAACCGGUGUGUUUGAGUACUUCAGAAAUAGCACAGAUAAUGGCCCGCAUGCCUUUACCUUGCGGCAGGUGGUCCCUGAACGACCGGUCACCUGGGUUAGAGAUGCCGACCAGACCAUCAGCAUUAUAGGGGACUACAGCUGGGCAGACCUCAAUGUGUCCUGUGACGUCCUCAUUGAAACUCCCAUCACUGGGGGCGUGUUCGUGGCGGCCAGGGUUGAUCAAGGUGGAGGAUCCGUCAGAAAAGCAAAGGGUGUCUUUUAUUGGAUUUAUGCAAAUGGGACCUAUAAAGUGACCAAUGAUAUAGGUGGACAAAGAGUUCUUGCUGAAGGGCUGUCAGGAACAAGGGAAGGUGUAUGGUAUACCUUAACCCUUAGUGUCAAGGGAUAUUUGGCCACGGGGAUGCUGAAUGGCUAUCCGCUGUGGAAGAACGCUGUUGUUCUCGAGCCCAAGAAUGGCUGGGCUGCGCUAGGAACUCUCUCUUUUGAAUAUGCACAGUUUGAUCAUUUUGAAGUGAAUGCAGAAUAAUUUAUGCGUCACAUCAGUCGUGUUUACAUGAUCAUUACACACUUUCGCUGCUUUUUACAGAGAUAACAUACUCUGAUGAAGGUCUUAUUUCAUUUGUUGAUUUUUACAGAUUGAUUUUCUCUUUGAAGGUUAUAAAUGAGGAAUGUGAAGUGUUUAUCUUCUUCAAAAAGGGACAUUUUAUGCCAAUUACUGGGCUGUUUGUCAGAGUAGUGUAUGAAAGACUUACACUACCAGUUUGGACAUAUUUGAUGGUUGUCUAUGAAUUCUUGUAAUAAUAAACAGAACUAAUAACUUAAAAUGUGAUAAAAAAUUCUUAUAAUGAGCGUUUACCAUGCCAAGCACUGCUGACUUCACCUGUGUGUGAAGUGUAAUAAAUCUAUUUAUUACACUUAUACUAAAUGUUUAUGGCAUCAGACAAAAUUUAUACACUUAACCCUGUUUUACAUUUGAUAAACAUUUUAGAUGAAAAACAAGUUAUUGACAUGAAACAUACCAAGCAUGUCUUUUUUGGGUCAUUUUCCUGGCUGUUAUUAUUUA